AUGGAAGAAUGGGCGCGAAGAAGGAUGGAGGAGAUGGGGGGACCGGAGGCGGCAGAAGUCUGCGACUUCAUCCUUAGCCUUGAGGAUGAAAACAUUUUGAGAGAGACCGUUCAUGCCAUCUUCCACUCAGCUAAAGAUGCGGAUCUCUUCUUGUCAGAGCUGGCGAAGAAGCGAUCUGAAAGCAAGGCAGGACCUGCUGCAUCCGCUGAGGAGAGGAAUACGCAACGAGAUGCAGGGGACGAUCAGAAGCAGCGGGCUUCAUCCGGACGAACGACCAGGAACGAUGGCUCUGACUGGUUCGCUAAAGCCGGACAAAAAGCUGCAGACGAGGAAAGCGCAAGAGCAAGAUUGCAGAGGAAUUUGAAUCGGUCAUGCUCCCCUGAGCCAAAGACAGAGGAGGCAUCGAAGAAUCCUGUGGAAUUGGAAAGCACGAAUAUGAAAGCCUACCAGAAAGGCGAAGAUGAAAACGAAUUUGCAGGGCUGGCAGUUGAAAAGAAGUCAAAGAAGAAGAACAAGAAUGCUGUCGGAAAUGGUCAAGCUUUUAGUGAAUCAAGCAGCUCCGGAAAUAAGGAUAGUGCCCCAUCAAAGCCGAAGCUCAGCCGCGCCGCACGAGCAGAAAUGUUGUCGUCUAUCUCAGGUGAAGCUUUCUUAGUUCCUGGACGGCAUCCUUGCAAAUGGGUGGGGAAUGGCGACGAAUACAAACUAGUUGGAAACUGCAUGGAUUGUGGAAAGAUUCUUUCAAACCAGGAGGGAAAAGGUCCCUGCCUAGUCUGUGGGUCUGAACAAGUGUACAUUGCUGAUGGCGACUGCAUGCUGGAUGGGACCCCCGUGAAUCAGACUCUUCUCGCAAAGCGCCGAAGGGGAGCAGGAAAUGAGAAUGAGAUAGACGAACUUGAUUUGCAGUUGCGUGAGAGAAAUGAAGGAGAAGCGGAAGCAUUCCUGAGUGCACUGGACCUCCGUGAUCGUUUGAUAGAUUUUGAGCAGAACAGAGCUGCACGUACCACAGUAAUCGACGACCAGGCUGAUUUCUUCGAUAGCUCUUCGCACUGGCUAACCAAGGAUCAGCGUGAAAGCGCAAUGAGGGCAGAAAAAGCCUUCAUGGAUCGUCUCAACAAGGGGAGAAAUUCAGAUCCUGUCAUGUUUUCGAUAGAUUUUGCAGGACGUAAGAUUGUCGAAGGAGACAUUCAGCACGAGGCAAUGGACGCCGACGUCACUUCAGGUCCUGCUCGCAUCGACUCGGAAUCGCAGGGAGUUCAGGCUGCCAGCACUCCAUUGGCUUCUCUGUCUCAUGCUGGAGCAGCCCCGAAGGGCCCGAAGAUCGAUCUGAUGGGUCCGACGUUGCAGCAGGACAUGUACUUGGGGGCUCAGUACAGUCGGCCACAGGGCCCGGUGUCCCUCAAGAAUGACAAUCUCUAUGGAAGGUCUCGGGAGAUCUACGAGCUGCUGACAGAAAUUUUCAAGCCUUCCAGCAAAGACAAGAUGAAGGUGGAAGAGUCGUCUUCAAGGAGCGGGAAUAUCUUGCAGCAUGAAAGGGACGAUCCAGCCGCUCUGAUGAGCAUGGACGUGCCUGAAUCGAUCAGGGAGAUGGAGAACUACUGUGAUGACCCGAAUCAAUCAGACGACACGCGCAGCGAGUAUGAGGAGGCAUCCAACUACACGGGCCUCGGUGACAUCGUCACGGACCACUCGGACGACCAAGGCGUCUGCCUUUCAAUGCACCAACCAUGGGCUUCUUUGGUAGUUCACGGGAUCAAGAAGGUGGAAGGACGAGGAUGGUCGACCUCUCACCGGGGGCGCCUGUGGAUCGCAGCUACCAAGCGGAGACCGUUGCAGAGCGAGGUUGACGCUGUUCUUCAGCAGUACGAGGAGCUGCGUCAGCUGCAAGGGUUCCGCGAGCCCGAGAUGCUGCUCCCCGAGCACUACCCAACUUCCGUCCUGCUUGGAUGUGUGGAUGUUGUGGACUGUGUCUCCCGAGAGUCGUUCCCUCCUGAUGCAGACGAAGAGAAGACAGAGUGUGCCUAUGGUUUCAUCCUGGACAAACCUUGCCGGCUGUCCAUCACACCUAAGAUUCUUGGCCAACCAAAGAUCUGGCCGCUAGAGACGCAAGUGCUUGCUCGAGCGCAGAAGCAGCUGAGGUAG